CAGAUACGUCAUCAAUAACCAAUGAUAUACUGACAGGUAUAGCUUCGUGAAUCGGAAGGUAGUGACGAUACUCGACAUCGAUACUCUGACACAUUCCAAGGCCAAAAAUAUCGGACAUUAUUUUUGAGAACCUCAUUUCACGGCGGUGUGAAGGAUUUCUGAAGAUUUAAUCAAGAUAAAGACUGUUUAUUGCGGCAUAUUUUGUAUAAUCAUCAUGACUGGAGCCACCCCUAGUCACGCUUGGAGCUUGGGUGACGUCUUUGUAAUUGGGAUUGGGGUUGCAGGAGGCAUUGUGGCUGUUCCUUUUGUAGUAUCCGCAGGACUAGGAGUCUUGGGCUUCUCUACCGCCGGGACAGCAGCGGGAUCUAUUGGAGCCGCCUUUAUGUCGUCCUAUGGUGGCAGCAUCGCCGCGGGCAGCGCCGUCUCAGUGAUGCAGUCAGCCGGGGCCGCCGGAGUAGGAGUUGCUAUUAAGGCUCUAGGGGGUGUGGCAGGGGGUGCAGCCACGUACGCUGCGAGGAAAAAAUACAAUGACAACUAAACUUCUGACGCAUCAGUCAAUCUAUUUACAUAAAACUUAAAUACAUGUACUUAGAACUGCUUGUCAAUUUGCAGAAAGUGUCUGUUGUAAAGUUUUCUGUGCUAAAUUAUGUGUAUCAAAGUUCGAAAAAAAAAUAUUCUGCUCAAAAUAUUUGUUUUAUUCAUAUUUACUGUAAAACCAAACUAUUUUCGAGUACUUUCUCUUUCGCUUUGAAUCUAUCUAGAUUGUUCUAGGGACAAUAUCUGUCGAUGUCACCAUAUCAACCCCACGGAAGUAGGUCAUACAGUGGAUAAAUAAAAUUGGAUAUAUCUAUUUUGUUGGUUCCAUAGCAACCACGAAAAUACCAAAAAUGUUUUUAUUCAACAAUCAUGUAAUUUUAUACAGUACCUUGUAUCGGUUUCAGGUAUUUUUUCUACGAAGUUUUCACUUAAGUUGUAAUUUCCACCAAACCUGCACACGAUAUAUCACACUCAGACAGUCUGUUACUAAGCGUAACCUUAGAUAUAAGCAAUUUUAUUGGCAAUAACAGAAUUCGUUAUCAAGUAUUUUGAUCUUAUGACUUUAUAAUACGACGUCACAGUAGAUUGUUAAGAGCUAUAUGACGUCAAAUGCAAAUCUGCGAGAACGUUCUCAUUCUAAUAAAGUAAAACGAAAUGUAAUGGGCUACGAUAAAAAUCUGAAA